UAUUAUGUCAAUUGUCAACCGAUUCGAAUUUUUGUCAGUGAUUUUUGUUGAUUGAUUGAAUGGUUGUUUUGUAUUGUGAUGUGUUUAGCACAGUUUAGCAUCGCAAAAGACGACUUUUUGAAUAAGUUAAUAAUAAUUGUGGAUUCGCGACAAUGGAUGAUAACAAACCUGUAUUAAUUACUAAAAAACCUUUGAAACCGGAAUUUGAAAAACUCAAAGAAAUUGUACUAACCUGUAACAACUUUACACUAGGCCGUGGAUUGAAUAACUCAGCUGUCGUGCCCUUUAUAUCAAUAUCUCGAAAUCACUGCAUUUUUAAAAAGGAAGAUACAGACUGGUUAAUUGAAGAUAAUAGUUCAUUCGGCAUCACAAUAAAUGGAAACAAGUUGGGCAAAGGCAAGCAAUUAAAACUUAACCAUGAAGAUAUUAUUGUUUUGGAGCCUUCUGAGGAAUUUGUGUACCAGUUUGUUAAUCAAUCAGAUAUAUUUGAAAUACCGAGAAAACGGAUAAAAUUAGAAAAGCCUGAUGGUGAAGACAUAAUAAAUGAUGUGAAAUUUACAUUUGAACAAUCUCAAAGUUAUGAAAUUAAACAUAUCGAAAACAAAAUUCAAAAUGCAAAAAGUAUGCAAGAAACAUCCAGAAUAUUGAAGGAACAGCUGGAAUUGGUUAUGGAGAGGAGAAUUAAACAGCUGGACGAUAACUAUGCUGGUCAAAUUGAAAACUUAAUAGGUGAAAAGAAUGAUGUAGAAAAUCAAAAGAAAAUAUUAAUAGCGGAAAAAAAUGUUCAAAUUGCGUCUAUAAAAGAAGAAAUGGAAGGAAAGAUUUCAGAAUUACAGGAUCAAAUUCAAAAGCACAAUGAAACAGAAUCUGAGCUACUUCAAGAGAAUAACAACCUUAAAGAAAAGCUUCUAAAGGAACGAGAGGAGUUCCUAUCGGAACUCAACAGAGAGAGUUCAUCGAAGCAAGAAAUGUUGGACAAACUGAAAGCCAAGAUGAAAGAACAGGAAGAGAUCAGGCUAAAGGAAAAGGAUGAAUUGGAACAAAUGCUCAAAAAUGAAGUAGAACAAAUAAAAUUAGCAAAAGAGAAGGAAUUAAAAGAACUUGAAGAGUUGAAACAAAAAAGAGAGAAAGAAUUAGAACAAGAGCUAGCAGACAUCCGGAAAAACUUGGAACUGAAAGUGCAGCAAGCUGAGGAGAAUAGACAGAAGGCUGAACAAAUGCUCAGCGAGCAAGUGGAACAGAGGAAGAAACUCACAGACGAAGAGAAAGUCAAGAGAGAACAACUGAUGCAAGAGAGGAAAGAAAUCCAAAAAAAAUUAACUGAAGCAGAAUGUAGUGCUGAAAAAUCAAUUGAGGAACUGAAGGCUCGCGUUCAAGAAAGGGAGACAGAAUUAGCAGCAUUGGCUGCUGAUAGAAUUCAAAAACAAGCAGACCAGUCCAGCGAAGUGAUCAGUUCAUUACAAGAACAACUAGAAAAAGUGAAAAGCCAGUUGGAAUCAGUAGAAAGCGAGAAGAAGAAUCUGCUAGAGAGUCUGGGGACGUCAGAGUCAGCAGGGGCUAGUUCCACGAAGCACAGCACAUUGGCAGAGGUGGGGGAGCUGAUGGAAAGCGAAUUACAGUGCAGCAUCUGCGCAGAACUGUUCGUGGCAGCCACCACACUCAGCUGCUCACACACCUUCUGCAAAUACUGCAUCACCAUGUGGAAGAAGAAGAAGAGGGACUGCCCUAUCUGCAGGACAAAUAUAACUUCUGAAUGCAAAAGCUUAGUUUUAGAUUCGUUUAUUGAAAAAAUGGUACAAAAUUUAACAGAAGAAAUGAAAACAAAAAGACAGGAAAUGCUUAAAUCAAGAGAAGAACUCGAGUCCGCACUAGCACGACAGCAGAGCGUGAGGACCAGUCGCGGAAGUUUCGGCUUUGACGAAUCCGACUACGACAGCGCCUCCGAGUACGAGGAGGGGGAGGAGGAGGAAUACUACGAGGACUACAGUGACACGUAUCACGCCAUCUGGUCCGAUACAGACAGUGGAUCUGACGGCGAUGGCGAUGAUUCCGAUGAACGCGCCGGAGAGGCCGCCGGUGGUGCGCCUGGCGCCGAGCGCGCUGACCCCGGUGCCGGGGGCCACCGUGCGCCUGCCGCCGAGCUCGCUCACGCCGCUGCCGGGGGCCACGCGCGGCCCGGCGCGCCUCUACCAGAUAGUGCAGGUACGACACCGGGGGGCAUGACGCGCCGCAGCGGACGCCGGUGCCGGGGGCCACCGUGCGCCUGCCGCCGAGCUCGCUCACGCCGCUGCCGGGGGCCACGCGCGGCCCGGCGCGCCUCUACCAGAUAGUGCAGAGCGGAGGGCGGGCCGUAAUGGUGGUGGUGGGGGAAUCCCCGGGGCCUACUACGGCGGCUACGGACGCUGCUACCGCUGCGGCGCGCGCGGCCACUGGGCGCCCGGCUGCCCUUACUGAUAAUCCGCCUCUGUAGUCAGAGCCACGUGACCGACUAAUAUUGCGUUACACUCAGUGAAUUUUUUUGGCAGUUCUGAGCAGUUUUUGGUAAAAAGUAAGGCCUACUGUCCACAAAGCUUUUAUUAUAAAACUCUCCUCUGUUAAAAAUACUUCUUAAUUAAUUUUAGAUUUUAACAAAAGCGAAAUACCUGAGCUUCAAGGUAUCCAGUUGUUGGUUCACGUCCACAGAUUUGUCUACACGCGGGUCGUGUUAAAUUUGGAAAUAUAAGUUUUAAAAAAGGUAUAGAAAUGUGUUUCUUUACUUAGCAUAAAAAAUACUCACUUUUUCCAGUUUUACUUGACGGUAUGCCAACUGUUUUAUAUAAAAAUCAAAUUUUAUCAAAUUUUUAAAUUAGUUUGCUAGCUAAAACAUAAUAUAGCCUGACCAGGAACAUAAAAACCCUGGCAUAGAGGCGCGUCAAUUGCAUUUGAUAGUGCAACACUGAGUACAGUCGUACCUGUGUUAAAUUAAUAGGCUAACUUUAUGUAUCAGGAUUCAGGAUUACGGGCUAAUUUGAUAUUUUCAUAAAUUAACGAAAAAAUAUUAUUAUAGGUAACCUGAUUUAAAUAAAUAAAUGAAACCAUCAAUCGAGCUAGUAGGAUUUAUUUUAUUAUUCAUCAAUAAUCAAAUUCAGAACUUGAAUAUUCAACUGCAAUGUCUGCUCAUUCGCUUCAAACUCGGUACUUCUUUCCCAAUCCCAUAAAAUUCAACACUUAGAAAGUGACAAAAAAAUUUAAAAUAGGUAUAGCCUGACCAGGAACAUAAAAACCCUGGCAUAGAGGCGCGUCAAUUGCAUUUGAUAGUGCAACACUGAGUACAGUCGUACCUGUGUUAAAUUAAUAGGCUAACUUUAUGUAUCACAAUUCAGGAUUACGGGCUAAUUUGAUAUUUUCAUAAAUUAACGAAAAAAUAUUAUUAUAGGUAACCUGGUUUAAAUAAAUUAAAUGAAACCAUCAAUCGAGUUAGUAGGAUUUAUUUUAUUAUUCAUCAAUAAUCAAAUUCAGAACUUGAAUAUUCAACUGCAAUGUCUGCUCAUGAACACUUCAAACUCGGUACUUCUUUCCCAAUUCCAUAAAAUUCAACACUUAGAAAGUGACAAAAAACUUUAAAAUAGGUAGUUGAAAAAAACCACAGCUAAUUUUCAUAGUGGACUGUACUAUACGAUAAACAUGUCAGUCAAUUUGACAACCUUUGUCGAAAACAUUAUUCAAUGAAAAUAUUGUCCGAACCCUUAGUAUUUCUCUUCGACAAAUACUUUAACACAUUGUGAACCACUUUUCUUUCACGACUAUAAAAAGAUUUUAGCAAUUUAAUUCACAAAAUCAAUUGCGCACAUUUAAAAUAAAGUUUGUUUAUACUUUGACAGCAAUAGACUGACAUGCAAGGUGACAUGUCAAUGAAGUUUUCAGUUACUGUUGCCAUUAAAAGAAAUUAGUACCAUUAGUUUUCCGCAACAUGGCGAGGGUUUUUAUGUUCCUGGUCAGGCUAUAGUUGAAACAAACCACAGCUAAUUUUCAUAGUGGACUGUACUAUACGAUAAACAUGUCAGUCAAUUUGACAACCUUUGUCGGAAACAUUAUUCAAUGAAAAUAUUGUCCAAACCCUUAGUAUUUCUCUUCGACAAAUACUUUAACACAUAGUGAACCACUUUUCUUUCACGACUAUAAAAAUAUUUUAGCAAUUUAAUUCAUAAAACCAAUUGCGCACAUUUAAAAUAAACUUUGUUUACACUUUGACAGCAAUAGACUGACAUGCAAGGUGACAUGUCAAUGAAGUUUUCAGUUACUGUUGCCAUUAAAAGAAAUUAGUACCAUUAGUUUUCCGCAACAUGGCGAGGGUUUUUAUGUUCCUGGUCAGGCUAUACAUACAAUCUAUUCCAUUAAACAGAGAAUCUGUGAUAGUGUGUAAUUAUUUUAUUAAUUUAGAUUCGCUUGUUUUUGUUCAGUGUACACAAUUUAAAAUGUACUAUUGUCUGUUUGCAGAAGAAAUAUGCUGAUAACUCUGAUAAGAACAUGAGUCGAUCUAGUGUGGUGUAAAUUGUAUGUAUGUCAAAGUAACCCUGUACAAAUGAAGUAGUAAUAAGUUGUAUGAAUUUCCCAGCCAACAGUAUUUAUUAGGUGUUCGUGCCUUAUUAAAAAUUUGUAAAAAAAAAAUCAACAUAAACUUUAUAGUCCUCUCAAAGUGAGGAGGCCCCUUAAUAGACCUACAUCAAUUUGAACCUCAUGCUGUGAAUAGUACUUAUCAAUAACUAGGCCUGGUUAAGUAUUUUAAACUGAUUAGUACAACUGCAGCUCUAGGGCCAACUUAUAGAUAUUGUUGUUUUAAUUUGACUCAUGAGAAUCGGCCAUCAUUAUAACGACUAUUUCAACAAAGCUGGAUCUUCAUACUGUGUCUCAAAAUUCUUGUAAUUAGGAUUUAAGUUGAUUUCAAAUAUAUAUCGAUUAAAUUUAA